CCUCCAAAAUCUGCUAUCAAAAGGAAGCUGAGCUGGUGGAUACUCGAGAAUCUUAAACAGACGGGUGGGAAAACGACGACAUCGUUGAUAGCUCCCCUCUUUCAAACGGCGGCGUUUUCUCUUAAGCGUGAAUCAGCAAAAACCCUAAAGUUGCUCCAAAAAUAUAUAAACACCGGAAUUGAUUUUUCCAAUAGCAGAGAGAAACACAAAGGCGGAAGGGCAAGGAGUAGAAGGCGGCCGGAGAAGAUGUCGAAGCGAGGGAGGGGUGGAAGUGCCGGAAACAAGUUCAGAAUGUCCCUCGGUCUGCCGGUGGCGGCGACGGUGAACUGUGCCGACAACACUGGGGCGAAGAAUCUCUACAUAAUCUCCGUGAAGGGAAUCAAGGGCCGACUCAACCGAUUACCGUCGGCUUGCGUUGGGGAUAUGGUGAUGGCCACGGUGAAGAAGGGGAAGCCGGAGCUGAGGAAGAAGGUGAUGCCUGCCGUCAUUGUCAGGCAGCGAAAGCCCUGGCGCAGAAAGGACGGUGUCUUCAUGUACUUCGAAGAUAAUGCUGGAGUGAUUGUGAAUCCCAAAGGAGAAAUGAAGGGGUCUGCUAUUACUGGUCCUAUUGGAAAGGAAUGUGCUGAUCUAUGGCCAAGAAUUGCUAGUGCAGCCAACGCCAUUGUCUGAGUUGUAUCGAUAUUCGGCCUUGAAAGAUUGCUUAUUUUUGUGUGUUUUACCGGUAAACAGGGAGAAGGAAGUAGAAAAACAGUACAAUUCCAUAAUGUUAUCUUAUAAAUCACUCGUAGUUUAGUUGUGUUGACUGUUGGAAUCAAUUUUGCCCUUUUGUUAUAUUUUUACAGUUGCAUUGUAUCGUAGCAGAUUGUUGCAAUCAAUUUUACCUUGUAUCUUUCUAGACGCACAACAUUAGUCACUGCCAUUGAAUGCAAGAAACUGAUCUUCAUAAUUUCUAGAAUGAUGGCCAGCAGCAUUUUAAGAUAUUUAAAUGCACAACAUGCAGUGGCGGAACAAGAGCCCAGAGGGGUUCGGUCUGUCACGGCUCACGGGACACAGGUAGGUCUUGGUAAAACGAUAAUAAGUUUCUACGUAAAUGCAUUUUGCUAUCGUACUAAAGCUCACGUAUUGUUAUUUGAUUGUCAUAAAUUAAUUUAUUACAC